AUGGAGGACGUGGAAAGCCAACGGCGCUUCUCAGAGAAAUCUGCAUACUCGGGCACAUCCAACGACCAACCCACCCUAACAGAAGAUACAACUGCUCCGGCUACCGCUACACCAACACGUCCACUAUUUCCCGAAACCGACCUCAGUCAAGGCAUUGUGGGAUGGGAUGGGCAGGAUGAUCCUCACAAUCCACAGAAUUUCGCCAGUGGGCGCAAAUGGGGCUUGCUCGCCCUGAUCAGCUCCAUCACCUUUAUUUCACCCCUCGCAUCGAGUAUGUUCUCUCCGGCGGUGGGCUACGUGGGCAAAGACUUUGGGGUGUCCAACGAAUACCUUCUGUCAUUUAGUGUUACUAUCUUUUUGCUGGGAUAUACGAUUGGACCCCUUUUCCUCGCCCCUCUCAGUGAGAUCUACGGUCGUCGUAUCGUGCUCAGCUGCGCCAACUGGUUCUUCGUGGUAUGGCAGAUCGGCUGCGCCCUCGCACCCAACAUCUCCGCUCUGAUUGUCUUCCGCCUUCUUGCCGGUAUGGGCGGUGUCGGCAGUCUCACGCUCGGCGCCGGCGUUAUCGCCGACCUCUUCCCCACUGAACAACGUGGCAUGGCCACCUCCAUCUGGGCCCUCGGCCCCUUGAUCGGCCCCGUUGCCGGGCCCAUCGCCGGCGGCUUCGUCGGCGAAACCAUCGGCUGGCGCUGGGUGUUCUGGAUCCUGCUGAUCGCCGGCGGGUGCAUCUCCGCAGGUAUCGAAGUUCUCAACCGGGAGACCUACGCCCCUGUCCUGAUCCGAUGGAAGACCGAGAAGCUCGCCAAGCAACUCAACCGGAGCGACCUGCGCAGCGCGUACGACAAAACCACCACCAACCAAGGCGGGCCCCGUCUCAGCGAGGCCCUGAAGCUCGGCCUCAGCCGCCCCUUCCUCCUCCUCUUCAAGUCCCCCAUCGUCCUACUACUAUCCGUCUACAUGGCCUUCGUCUACGGCCUGCUCUACCUCUUCUUCACGACCAUCUCCUCCGUCUUCCAGGAGGACUACGGCUGGUCGACGGGCAUUUCGGGACUCGCCUACUUGGGGAUCGGCAUCGGCUUCAUGACGGGACUAGCCCUGAUCGCCUUCUCGAGCGACCGCAUCGUCGCCAAGCUGACCGCGCGCAACGAGGGCAAGUUCGAGCCCGAGAUGCGGCUGGUGACCAUGAUCUUCUUCAGCUGUAUCCUGCCCAUCAGCUUCUUCUGGUACGGCUGGUCCGCCAAGUACAAAGUGCACUGGAUCGUGCCGAUCAUCGGCAUGGCCCCCUUCGGGAUCGGCAUGAUGGGCAUCUACAUGCCCAUCCAGACCUACGUCAUCGACUGCUACCCGGCGUACGCGGCGUCGGCCAACGCGGCCCUCACGGCCACGCGGUCGCUCGUCGGCGCCCUCCUGCCCCUCGCGGGCCCGGCCAUGUUCGAUGCCCUCGGGCUGGGGUGGGGCAAUUCGCUGCUCGGGUUCAUUGCGUUGGCGUUUGUGCCGGUGCCCAUUCUGUUUAAUCGGUAUGGCAAGACGAUUCGGGAGAAGUUUCCCGUGGAUCUGGAGGGGAAAAAGGGGAAGUAA